AUGGUCCUUCGUAUGCGCCUCGCCCGCUUCGGGCGCACGAACGAGCCCUUCUACAACAUUGUCGUCACACACGCCAGGACCGCGCGGAACAGCAAGCCUCUCGAGGUCAUCGGCACGUACGACCCCAUCCCACGAAAGGAUCCCUACGACCCCGACCGCAAGCCGCACAAGAACAUCAAGCUCGACACAUUGCGCGCGAGGUACUGGAUCGGUGUUGGUGUGCAACCCAGUGACCCGGUAUGGAGGUUGAUGUCCAUGAUUGGUCUCAUCGAGCCCCAAUACGGACCCAACGGCAUCAAGAACAAAAACUCGGCGGCGAAGGCGUUGACACAGCCGCUCGAGAGUCCGGCUGCGACACAGUGA